AUGAAGCAACAGAGGAUGAAGCGACAUAGGAGGAAGAAGAAGAAGGAGAAAGGAAAAGAAAAAACAAUCCAGGCAGCAAGAGAAGAAGAAGCAGAGAUAGUGAAGAUGCAGACGCUCCCAUUCGAAAUAAUAAGAGAGAUCCUCUCAAGACUACCCGUUAAGUCUCUCUUUCGAUUCAGGUGCGUCUCCAAAGACUGGAGCUGUUUAAUUAGUGAUCCAUUUUUCAUUUCCCUGCACCUCAAUCGAUCAUCUGAGAAAAACCCUAGUCUCUGCCUCACUGAUGGCGAUAGAUGUUUCUUCACUGCACCUAUUGAUGGGUCCUCUACUGCUACGAUGGUUAAUAUUCCAUUUGAGGAACUGAUGGAUCCUGCUGAAAUCGUGGGCUCUUGUAAUGGGUUGUUAUGUUUAGUUUUUUCUAAUAGUUGGCGUAUAUUCUUCUGGAACCCCGCUAUAAGAGAAUUCAAGAAGCUUCCUGAUGCCCCGAUUGUGUCCCCAAGAAUUUUGAUGAUUACUAAUACUGUGUUAGGGUUUGGGUAUGAUCCCAUUAAUGAUGAAUACAAAGUGGUAAGAAUUAUUUACGUCUGCGUAAGGAGCUGGAAGGACAGCCUCAUUUUUCAGUGUGAUGAUGUCUCGGUAUUCUCCUUGGGGACUGGGAAAUGGAAGAAACUUGGAAAUGUCCCUUUUGGCAUAAACUCCAUGUCAUCACAGGCUGUAGUGAAUGGAUCUAUUCAUUGGAUGGCAACUCAGAAGAUCAAUUCAGAAUUGUCGGAUUUAAUAGUUUCUUUUGAUGUGCGAAAUGAGGUGUUCCGAGAAAUACAACUUCCCAAUUGUGUAGAAGGAAAACGUCAUAAGUUUGUCAGAGCUUUGGAAGGAUUCCUGUCUUUGAUUGAGUGUAUCCCUGGCGGAAAUGUUGAGAUAUGGGUGAUGAAGGAUUAUGGCGUGAACGGUUCUUGGACUAAACAGUUCACCAUUGAAUUGCUAUAUGGUUAUGGUUUUGAAGACUCUAGAGCAGUUUUUCCUAAAGAGAUUUUGAGGAGUGGUGAGAUUCUAAUUGAGAAGAAUAACAAAAAUCUGGUUUUGUAUAAUCCUGAAAGCAAAGGACAGAGGGAACUUGAAAUUAAUGGGCUUCCGGAUGGGUUUGAAUCGUUUCUUUUCAUGGAGAGUCUCGUUCCACUUUCUGAUGGAAGCAAAUAUUAGGAGCAUCA